UACAGUGUACCGUUCCGAGACGGCGGCGACUCUGUCUGACUGCUUCUUCACGUCGUCUUUUCGUCGAUCGUCGAACAAUAUUCGCGGCAGCAGGCUUCCCAGUCAGUGCUUGGGUAGAGAAUAAUUUUGUGCAAAAAUAAUCGCGAAAUUCGUUUCAAAUUGCAUUGUUUUAGUGCCGAUUGAACGAAUUAUUCCCAAGUGCUAACAGUGAACGCGGAUUGUGGAAGUUUAUCGCGAAAUUCAUUCCACCUUGACAGCUUCUGUCCAUUGAAUUGGCGAAAGAAAGGAACUUCUUACAACAGACACCAACACAUAUACAAAACUGCUGGAACGAGAUUCCAUUCAUCAGCCUCCAAUACGAUCAGGAUAAAAGGACAAAUCUGAGUAGAAACUAACCAAUUCCAGGCCACUCCUGGCGUGAAGAAGCAAAAAGCCCUCGGUGGUAAACAGAAUGCCAGAUUACAGCGAUUUGGACCGCCAGAUAGAACAACUGAAGCGCUGCGAGAUCAUAAAGGAGAAUGAAGUGAAGGCCCUCUGUGCGAAGGCGCGGGAAAUUCUGGUCGAAGAGGGAAACGUCCAGCGGGUGGAUUCGCCGGUCACGGUUUGUGGUGACAUCCAUGGCCAGUUCUACGAUCUGAAGGAACUGUUCAAAGUGGGAGGCGAUGUUCCGGAGACAAACUACCUGUUCAUGGGAGAUUUCGUCGAUCGAGGAUACUACAGUGUGGAAACGUUUUUGCUCCUAUUGGCAUUGAAGGUACGCUAUCCGGACCGCAUUACGUUGAUUCGUGGCAACCAUGAGUCACGACAGAUCACACAAGUGUACGGUUUCUACGACGAAUGCCUGCGGAAGUACGGUUCGGUGACGGUGUGGCGUUACUGUACGGAGAUUUUCGAUUAUUUGUCCCUGUCGGCAAUCAUCGAUGGCAAGAUCUUCUGCGUGCACGGCGGUCUGUCGCCUUCAAUUCAGUAUUUAGACCAAAUUCGUUCGAUCGACCGAAAACAGGAGGUCCCGCACGACGGUCCCAUGUGCGAUCUGCUGUGGAGUGAUCCGGAGGAUACGCAUGGCUGGGGAGUUUCGCCCCGUGGAGCUGGAUAUCUCUUUGGAUCGGAUGUUGUCUCGCAGUUCAAUGCCGCGAACGAUAUCGACAUGAUCUGUCGAGCCCAUCAACUAGUAAUGGAAGGCUACAAGUGGCACUUCAAUGAAACCGUUCUCACUGUUUGGUCUGCCCCUAAUUACUGUUAUAGAUGCGGUAACGUUGCAGCAAUCUUGGAGCUAAACGAAAACCUGCAGCGUGACUUUACAAUCUUCGAAGCGGCCCCGCAGGAAAGUCGCGGAAUUCCAUCAAAGAAACCACAGGCUGACUAUUUCUUAUAAAAGCGGACAAAAGCCUGCCGAUGUACGAGAAGUCAGCACUCCAACGGUCGAUGAUGAUGUACUUUGGACUAAAGUUUACUGCUCGGCUGCUGCAUACUUAAUGAGACACGUAAACUUCCUAUAGCCCCGUCAUCCCUUCCACUGGGCACUCAACUAUCGCCUAACGAUCGUUCUUAUGUUUAUUGAACCUCUAUCCCGGACCCUGCUCCUGCUCCACCUCCUUCUCCUAUGUUCCACCAGGUAUGUAAUGUGUAGAAUUGUAUUAUUUUAUGCUGCAUUGUUCGUUUCGAUUCGCUUUCUAUUAGUUAUAUCAUUGCUAUCGCCUUUUUAAAUUAUCUACUGUAGAAUAAAUCGAAGAUAAGUAUACCUGACUGUAAGAGAAAACUACAUAAUCUUGUGUUAUUGAAGAUAGAUAUACUCAACUCUUAUCACCGAUCAAGAUAAAGUGCAUUGUGAAACAGUGAAGACAUUUUUUGUUUACUGUUUUGUUAGUUUAAUAUUCUUCCACUUUAUGCAGAAGCAGUAGAAACUGAAACUAAGCAUAAAUUGCUGAAAAGUAUCAGGAAAAUACUAAAAACUACCCAUUACUGAUAGUGACAGCUAGUAUUUGAAAGCUAGUAGAACUGAAAAGUAUUGUACUGGAAGCAAAAAUAUAUAUCACAACAAAGCUUAGUUUAAAUUCCAAUUCCUACGAAUGAACAUGUUCCAACAACAGACAAAAAACACAUACAGACAAAUACAUAACAAAACCAAUCAGUUUCCGAUGUGCCUGUUGAACAACAUUUCGAAGAACCAUCGGAUUGUGGGACGACGACAACAAUAAACCGAACGCGGCGGCAGCAAUCCAAAAACACAGCUCAGUUGCGACACUAAAUGCAUUGACAACACUAUACAACACAUACAUACGCAUAUACAAAUUGCAAUUGAAAGGGUGAGUAAUGUAGUAUAAAUUACAAUUAUGUAGUAGGUACCUAACGUAACACUAUUGUUUCCUUCGGAUGAAGAACAGUAAUUAGGGAGAACAAACAGUAAGCAUUAAAUCGAGAACAUACAACACACAAACACACAUACAACAUCUUCUAUACUAGUUUAUGACGUAUAGUGAUACAGCAACAAAUGAAUAAUCUUGUAAGAUAAAUAAUAA